UGCCCCCGUGGCGUUCCGACGUGGCCGGGCAGCUUUUGCAGCCGUUGCGGAGGAGCAGAAGGGAGGCGGCGGGGCAGCGAGAUCCGGAACAUGCGAACGGGGCGGGCUCCCGCUUCCACCGCCCCCCUUUCGGUCCAGCCCUUCCCCGCCAGGCGGUCCCCGCCACAGGAAGCCCCGGCAGCGGCCUCCGAGGGCCCCGCAGGGCGAGCCACAAGGCCGAGCAGGUCCAGGUGUAUGCUGAUCCAGGCUAUUUGGACACCCUGACUCAGGUGCUGGGGACCCUCUUUCCCCCCCAAGGGGGCAGAAUGGAGUUAGAGGAGGGUUACAAUGGAAGUUCAGCCCUGGGAGCUCAAGGGGGCAUGGCUAUGUCCAUCAUUGGUGCAGAAGAUGAGGAUUUUGAAAAUGACAUUGAACCUUUCCAGCACCCGGACACUCAAACCAGCUUGUUCCAAAACCUGGAGAUCCUGAUGAAGCACCCUGCCUACUUGAUGGUUUUCAUACAACAUGUGGUGUUGCAGUUCGAUUCGAGCCCUGUGCUCUGUUACCUGCACGUGGACCUCAUCCUAAACCGCCUUGGGCCCAAGGAAGCCAAGAAGCAUUUUGUGGAUUUUUGCCAUUCCUUCUUAGACAAAACGGGGCUGCUGAGAGUCCCUGUUCCAAAUGCUGUGCAGUUUGAACUGGACCGAAACAGGCCUGAUCUCAUCCCGGAAGACCAACUGAAAAAAUAUUUGCAGGACAUCCAAUCCUUUCAAGAAAUGGAGAUCUCCCAGCAGUUGGAAGACUUCAGGGAAAAAAGGAAAAUGGGAAUGACCCCAGGAGAGAAGGAGCUUUUCGAACUGGAAGGCUAUCGGACCAAAGACAAAGGCAUCAGAGAGGCCAAAGAGAAACAGCUGGCCGAACAGCUGAUGGUCAAACUGGAGGAGAUGCACCUCACCAUUUCUGCCGACGAGGAAAAAAGCUCUGCCAUCUUUACCGCCAUCGUCACCUAUAUGAAGCAUCUGGGGGUUAAGACAAAGACAGCCGAUAACAAGAAGUCGAAAGCUAACUUUUUCCGCAAAAAGAUUUCAGGGACCAAGAAACCAGAGGAAGCUCUCAAACCAAAGAAAGGCUUCAGCAUUUUGGACCCAGCCCGCUGGAACCGUGGGGAUUCCCAUUAUUCUGAUUACAGACAGCCCAAACCUGAGGGUGAAGCAGCUGAGAAGACACCAGCCUUGGACAAAAAAGCCAAGUUAACAGAAGGAAGCUCCGGGCGUAGCAAAGGGACCCCUUCGAUGCAGGAUCCCUCUGGUGUGUCCGUCACUGUGCAUCCCCCACCUGGAGAGAGCAAUGACGGAGAGCAGGGGUUGGACAGUCCAGCUCUAGGAACUGAUUCAGGAGAUUCGCCGGUUGCUGAGCAAGCCCUGGCUGGGGAGCAGCUCUCGCUGGAUGAAAGCACGGAAAAUGAAAGAAGGCGAAAAAGGCUGACAGGGAAGUUGGGCCGCUCGGAGAGCCUGCGGGUUUACGAGCGGAAGCGUUCUCAGCGAGGCUCAGCCAAAGGCAAACAGCCGCGUUCGCGGAGCGAUGUGGACAUCGAAGCCGCGGCCCGGGCCAACGAGCUGGAAGAAAAACCAUCUCUAGAACAGGCUCGGCAGAAGCAGGGAAGUCGCAAUUUGGAGCCUGGAGGGGCUGGGGGAGGGGAGCCCCCGCCGUCCUUUCUGCUUCCCCAGUCUGAGGAGUUUGAGCCGCGUGUUUCGGAACUGGAACUGGACCCGCCAAACUGGCGGGAGCUCGUCCCCCACGACACCCUCCUCAGGCUGAAGAAAAGUGAAGUGAAGCGGCAAGAAGUGAUCAACGAGCUGUUUAUCACAGAGCACGCCCAUCUGCGGAUGCUCCGGGUGUUGCUCGAAGUGUUCUACCAACCGUUGUUGACCGAGGGAUUCUUCACCGAGAGCGAACUGGUGAACAUUUUCCCCAGUCUGGAGGACUUGAUCGACGAACACAAAGUGUUUCUGGAAAACAUGAAGAGGCUGAGGGAGGAGAAUAAUUUGAUCGUCUCCGAAAUUGGAAGCACUCUGCUGGCUAGAUUCGAUGGGUCUGAAGGAAACUGGUUUCAGAAGAUCUCCUCCCGAUUCUGUAGCCGCCAAUCUUUUGCAUUAGAACAGCUGAAGGCGAAGCAGAAGAAAGAAGCUCGUUUCAACCAGUUCAUCCAGGAAGCAGAAAGCAAACCUCGAUGCCGGCGCUUACAACUGAAGGACAUCAUUCCUAUUGAGAUGCAAAGGCUAACCAAGUAUCCGCUGUUGCUCCACUCUAUUGCCAAAUGCACUGAGGAAGCUGAGGAACGUCAGAAGGUGGAAAAGGCUGCCGAAUGUUGUCGGCAGAUCCUCAACCACGUCAACCAAGAAGUGCGCGAUAUGGAGAAUUUACUGAAACUCAAAGACUAUCAGCGACGUUUGGAUCUCUCCAAUCUUAAACAAAGCACUGAUCCGCUACUGAGUGAAUUUCGGAACACAGAUAUCACCAAGCGAAACCUUGUGUACGAGGGACCCCUGACGUGGCGUGUUACCAAGGACAAAUCAGUAGAUGUUCACGUCCUCCUGCUGGAUGAUAUCUUGGUUCUUCUCCAGAAGCAGGAAGAGCGCCUGGUGCUCAAAUGUCACAGCCGCACCAUCACCCCAACCCCCGACGGGAAACAAAUGCUCUCCCCCAUCAUCAAGCUCAAUUCUGCCAUGACCCGCGAAGUGGCCACAGACAUCAAAGCUUUCUACGUGAUCUUCAGCUGGGAGAACGGAGCUCAGAUCUACGAACUGGUGGCUCAGACAGUGUCGGAGAGAAAGAACUGGUGCAACAUAAUUAGCGAAACAGCUGGUUCACUGAAGCUGCCCACUUCCAAUGCCAAACCUCGGCUUUCGGUAACAAACCGAAACUCACCACAUAGUCCCAGCUACUAUCCAGAGACUCUGCUGGGUGGAGCAGAAAAUGGCAGCCCCCUUAAGGAGGCACUGCAGUCAGAGGAACAAGAAAAAGAUGGAAUGCUGGAAGGUGCAGAGUUUGAGGAACGGAACCCUGUUGGUGGAGCAAAGAUGGACAAGGCAGUGGAGACCUUCAUGGCUGACCUACAGACGUUCUGCAGAUCUCAACCUCAACCUGGCCAGGCCACUCUAGCCUCUGCUGCACAGGACCGAGUUUUGGCCCUGAAGAGGCUACUUCAGAUACCAGACGAAGGAGAGGCCCUCUUUCCUGCAGAACCUACAGAUGUUUCUCCAGAGAAUGGAGAUCCCCAGGAGGGAGAAGAAGAAUGGAAUGGGACUUUCAGGAUUGAAGGAGACAACAGCAGGAGGCUUCCAGUAGGUUCUUUGAAUGGCCCUCCAGAUCCAGAGUGGAGUUCUGAACAUCUGGAUAAGGAAAGUCCCCAUUUCUCCAUCGUUCUGUCCCUCCAGCAAUCUGACGGGGUGAAGCAUCACUUAAAGCUUCUAGAAGAUGCAAUUCAGGGUCUGAAGGAUAUAGAAACAGAAUACUGGAGGCUUCAGCAACUGAUGGGGAAGUUUACAUCAAUUCAACAAUCUGGUUCCACAUGAGAUUUGGCCAAACAAGGCCUGUCGGAAAAUCGAAGGAAGAGACUGUGUGGGCUGACCCAUUUAUCCUGCCAGGCGGUUCUCUCCCAGCACGAAGCAACCCUACGGGGAUCUAAGCUGCUGCUUGAUUUGUAUAGGGAGCAAUGCUGUGGAUUUUGUACAUAGACUUUUCUGCCUAGAUCACAUUAUAAGGGGGAAAUAUUUAGAGCAGGGGUAUCCAAUUUUGAUGACUUUUAAGACCCCGGGGACUUCAACUCCCAGAAUUCUGGGAAUUGAAGUCCACACAAUCUUCAAGUUGCCAAGGUUGGACACCCCUUAUUGAGAGGCCGAAGCGCCUUAUUUAGAAAAAAAAAAAAUCCUGCAAACCUUUCAGGUGUGUGGAGAGGAAAGCUUACAUUAAGGUCAGAAAGACAGAUGCUUUGAGAUGGGGCACCUUCCCUUUUUAAGCCAGGAGAAUGAAUAGUUUACAGUCCUCGUGACAUAUUUACAAAACUGGGAUCUUCUCUGUCAGCCAAAGGAGGUGGUGGGUAACCAAGAACUCAGGUGCCUGAGACCCGAGCCCAUAAUUCGAUGGCCUGUUUUCCUAAGAGGCUCUCAAGAUACCUCAAAGAGGGGUGUGUAAGUAGGACGUGAGCUAAUAGCUAAUUGUGCCUUCCCUCAAAAGUUCAUCCUCUGCUCCCAGGGGUGUAAUUCACCCAUUAGUGUAUUAUCUUCCACACACAGAGACAUCACUGUUGUUGUUAGAAAAUGCAAUUGCAGCCAAGCUUCCAUAGGAAGGAGAAUCAAACUCACUUCUAAAAGUUCUCCUGUUUAUCUUCUUAGGUUAAUAUUUUAUCCUCGCAUAGAUACACAUAGGUAAACCCUGCAGACAUUCCUAUUUUUUCUACCAAUCUUGGUCUUAUCUGAACUCAUUUAACAAGGUCCAAGUUUCCUGCCAGUUCUUCCUGUCCUGUCGGGCUUUCUCUCCAGCGUGCCAACCCAAACCCAACUCAACCAUCGCCACCAGAAGGGUGAAAUUCAUACAAAAAUGAAGUAAGAUAGGUAAAAAAAAACCAGGUUGGUAUUUUAUAAUACAUCUCAGGAGUACAAUCCUGAACUGCUAAUGCCCGGCCUUCCGUACCUUGGGGAAAUGUUGGGUCUACAUUGAAUGACCAGCCACAAGCCAUGUUUUGUUGGGGGACUUCAAGAAAUGGUCCUCUCAACUUAUCUCGACGGCUUCCCAGGUUAGGGAAGACAGGUUGCCAACGAGGGACCCGUGGACCACAGUUCUAAAGAACGUAACGGUCCGAAUAGAAAUGUUUUAAGGUUGGGUGAAAAGUUGGCGUGUCUCUGGAGUCGAAGGCAGUGCCUUUCUGAGUUGCUUAGAAGUGUCUGAGAACUUCUCCAGCGGGAGGAAGGUUAACAAGGCUAAUUUGGUUCAUGCUGCCAGUCUCGGGUACAAAUGGGGAUAAUUGAACCCUGAAUGCAAAAAGUCCUGAAUCCUUGGCUCUAUGCCAGUGUUUCUCAACCUUGGAAGCUUGAAGAUGGGUGGACUUCAACUCCCAGAAACCCCCAGCCAGCGCUGCUGGCUGGGGGAUUCUGGGAGUUGAAGUCCACCCAUCUUCAAGCUACCAAGGUUGAGAAACACUGCUCUAUGCCAAGGAUUCCAAAGUCAACCAUUCCUGAAGCUUCAUUCCAAUUAGAUCUUUCCUGUUCAUAGCCCCCACCCCUCCAUCUUCCAUCAUCUUUUCACUAGGGUAGAAAAGCCAUCCCUUUUCGGAUUGAAGAGUCCAAACAGCGGACAUCUUAAGGGCCUCCUGAAUCACAGAUCGGACUGCUUAGCCCGUUGCAGAAAUCAGCACUUCACAUUCAUUCCGUUCGACCUUGGAUCAUGCACCCCCUACUCCUUUGCCUGCCAAUAGUGCCGCACGCAUCGUCGUUCAUCACGAGCCACACACACACACACACAAGCAGCACAUCUUUUGAACCCUCCCAUAAUGCAAUGCACAGUUACCUCGGUGCUUUUGACCAUCUGCUGUCCUGCGCUUUGUUCAGCAGGUGGUGCCAUAGCUAUGUGGAUGUGUAGGUAUGCGUGCACGCAUACGCACGAUAUGUGUGCAUAACUAGGUGGUGCUGCUUCUUUGGGUUUUUCCGUGGGUUGAGAGGCAAUUAGUGAUUCAAAUCCCGGAGGGAUUUCUCAACCUCUUUGCUCCAUGAUCCCUCUGCAAUAGUUGUGUAAGUGUGUAAAGUUGUCGUUUGAUACAGUUGGUCCCAGGGAACACGAAGAGUUUGAAAAGUUCAGGGAGGAAUUGGCUGUGUUGGGAUCCACACAGCAUCCAAUCCUUCGUUUCACUUUUCCUGCCUCCCCAUUAGUUGGGCCUUUGGUUCAAUCAGGAUUGGGGGGGGAUUAGUUGUUGCUAAGCAACCACAGUGGGAAAACAAAAUUUCUGGUGACAGAAUGGAAAACGAUGGGUUAAUUGGGGGAUACUGGGAAGUUUCCGGGAAAAGCUGAAUCCAUCCGAGAGGCGAGAAAAAAAAAGUUUGGAUAUAGGGAGGAGAGAAGUGAUGGUGUUUUACCCCACAGAGGGAAUAUAGAGCAAGGGGGGGAGAGAUGAGGGCCCAAUCCACCAGCAUCUUCAGAGACAGGCCUUUAUUCAAAUGCUUCCAAGUGUCUUUAUACUGUCUUGAUAAUGUGCUUGUAUUUUAAGAAAAACUUUUCUUCUUCUUUUUUUUUUUUUUUUUUUUGGGGUGGACUGAGAAGCACCCCAAGGGAAUGAUGGGGAAUCUCCAGGACUGUUUUAUGUAGAACAAAAUCAUGUUUAGUUGUGUCUAUUCUUUUUUUAAAAAUCCAUUGCUGUACAAAGCGUGUAAACCAAUAUAUUCCAUGAGACUUUUCUUUUUCUUUGACCUCCCAGUAUUAUGAAGUAUAAAAUUUUAAAGGGUUGGAGAAGAGGAUGUCAGGCCUGUGAAGACCUGUUUUCACAGCUGAUGUCUUUUGCAGUGUUAAAAGAAAUAUUCUCAAGAUCGUCUCUAGAACUCUCUUCCCUACAGAUACAUCAUGUGACAAGCUAUGAAUCUGGCGUUCCUCUGUUUUUUUUAGGGCAUAAAUUUUUCUUCUCCAUUUCUGUAAACAGGCCGUGCCCUGCUCUGUGUUUCUCCCACAGUUGUGCCAUAGAAGAAAAUGUAAUGCGAUCAGAACAUCCCCUCUAUAUCAGGGGUCUCCAAUCUUGGCAACUUUAAUCCUGGCGGACUCCAACUUCUAGAAUUGCUGGCUGGGGAAUUCUGGAAGUUGGAGUCCACCAGGAUUAAAGUUGCCAAGAUUGGAGACCCCUGCUCUAUAUUUUAUGCCUCAAAAAACAGACAUGAAAAGCCAUUUUCCCGGUUUUGAUCACAGUGUUGUAAAAUAGUCCCCAAUUCCAAAUCCUUGGGAAUUGAGAAGCAGAUCCUCCAUUUGCCAAAUUCAGUAUUCUUAACCAAAGAGCAUAAUCCAGUGGUUUUGGGGAUAAAUAUACAUUAUAUUAAUGAAGAUCCUUAUUAUAGGGAUGGGCUAUUUUGUAAGUCUUUAUCUGUAGAGAUUUUAUUUGCUAGACCAUACAUUAGCUCAUAGCUUCCUGAGAGUCUUUGAUGCUGGGAUAUUUUAACCAGCUUUCAACAAUUCGCUCUGGUUUUAUUUUGCUCUACCACACACCCCCAUCCCAAAAUAGCAGGAAUUUUAAAAUUGUAAAUACCAUUUGGGACCAAAAUUUAAGACGACUACUCUUUUUCCCCCAAGCUGAGCCAGGCAUCUUCAAGAUUCUUAAAUAUUUAUUUGUACCCAAUUCUCUCAAUUCUAUACCCGCCUCUUGUCUAAUAGUGUUUGACCUGGGAAACGCGUCUCUAAAUGUGGAUGUGCAGUUUGGGAAUCUUCAUGCCCACCUUGGACAAGUGGCACAAAGUUCACCUUAAUUCCUUGCUUUUUCCUGGAGUUUUAUGGUAAAUGAUCUUGAGAAUGUUUUCAUAAUGGCGCCAUGGUUAUGCUCGGUUAAAUGUUUCAUUGUGGAUUUCAGUUCACACGUAAAGCAGAAAGUAAGCCAGCUUUAUGGAGCAGUUUUUGAUAAGAAAGCAUCUUACGGGAAUGGUAGAAAGGGGGAAGGCCUCUUUAAGAGCGAAGCCCAACAAUGUUGUCGUCUGUUUAAUGAUGGGAUGAAAAGGAAGGGUAGACCUAAAGGGAUAUUGCAGUGUUUCCUGUCCUUCCUUAGGAGCAUAGGGGUUGAGACUCCUGCCUGCCUGCUGCAUCCCAUCCUUUUUAUUGGCUUCCUUGGUCUGAUCCUCUCUAGAUCUUCUGGACUACAACUCCCAGAAUUCCUUCUAGCAAAAUGUAUUGGAAUUCUGGAGGGGAUCCAAGGCAGGAAAGAUUUGAAAGCUACGUACGUUGCAAAAAGGGGUAAAGGCAGAUGUAAGUGAGCGGAGUAAACCAAAGACAAUCUUGUAAAAAGAUAUAUAUGAAUAAUAUUCAUAUAUGUAUAUAUAUAUAUGAAUAUAAUAAGAAAUAAACCUUAUCUUUCCAUUUC